CCAGCAUAUGAUAUGUAUCUUCGCUACCUCCCACUUCUCUGUCGCCAUGCCGUCUUGCCCAUUCUGCCCCCUCCUUUGCACCACAUCACCAGAUUAGUCUACCAUGUCUGGAAUCCCGUCAAGCCCUUCGUCGUCGGCGCCCUUGGCUACUGGUCGUAGUGACGGUCCAUCCGCCCACAACCGACGGCAUUCGCGCGGACAAACCACCCACAUCAACAUCACCGCCGCUACCGAUUCCGCUAUUCAAGAGCCUUCAGAAGCUGACCUCUCCCUCCCAAUGGACAGCCCAACCAGCGCGAACUCCAACUCCAACCUCGUCAACGACCGAGUCUACUUCCCCUACCAACCCAAGUCCCUAGCCGGCAUCGCCACGCGCUCCUUCUGCCUCGGCAUCGCCGUCACCAUCGGAGUCGGCGCAACCGGCGCCACCCUUCUCUACACGUCCAGCCCGCUCUGGCGCCUGCCCUUCUUCCUCGCCGCCCUCGCAACCUUCCACUUCCUCGAGUUCUGGACCACAGCCGCCUAUAACACGCGCGCCGCCGACGUCAAGUCCUUCCUGCUCACGGCCAACUGGCCCGGCUACGCCAUCGCGCACGGCGUCGCGACGCUCGAGUGUCUGCUGACCAAUACCUUCUGGCCGAACCGCGCGUGGGCGCCGUUCGGCACCGGUGCGCUGCUGUGUCUGCUCGGUCUGGCCCUGACGGCGAUCGGCCAGGUGGUGCGCAGCGUGGCCAUGGUGCAGGCGGGACCGAGCUUCAACCACUUGGUGCAGCGCCAGCGGAGCUCGGCGCACGUGCUGGUGACGUCGGGGAUAUAUGGGAAGUUUAGGCACCCGAGCUACUUUGGCUUCUUUUGGUGGGCGUUGGGGACGCAGAUGGCUAUGGGCAACGUCGUUAGCUUUGUGGCCUACGCGGCGGUGUUGUGGAAGUUCUUUAGCUCGAGGAUCAAACAUGAGGAGGAGUUUUUGGUCAAGUUCUUUGGGCAAGAGUAUGUGGAUUAUCGGAGGAGGGUGGGGACCAAGAUUCCGUUUGUCCCCUGAUUUGGGCAUCUGGUGUAGGGGUGGUGCUCUUCAAAGGGAGCCAGACUAUGGUCUGCCAUUGUUUUUUUCGCAUGGUGUCUCUUUACUUGAUAUACACGUUGAAAGAAUAGAUCCAGAGAGUUCAUCAGAAUCAAACAGCUCCGCCAGUCCAGAAGGAAGCCUGUGCUAG